UCAGAGAAGGUUUGUAAAUGUGUCCGACUUCUUCGGCGGGCAUGUUUCGUGCAACGGGUAGGAGGGGCUUAGUUGCUUUGCGAACAGGAAAAAAAAACACAAGGACUUGUUGACUUUUGUUUCUCGUUUUUGUCAUGGAGUCGCCGGAGAAAAGUAUUCGUCGUUCUCUGUCCCUGACGUGUUUGUGUUUGUUUCUUCUUCAGCUGCAGGCGGCUUGGACGGGAGACUGUCCUGCCGAUGGACGCACCUGGGUGCCCUUUAAAGACAGAUGCUACCACUUUGUCCACGGAGAAGAAGACAAACUCAAAGUGUACAAUUUUGAGAAUGCCAAAAGCCUCUGUCCAAACUCUGAGCUCCUGUCCAUCCAGAGUGCUGAGGAGAAUGACUUUGUGGUUAAAUAUAGUCCUGAGGUGUGGAAAGGAGAAGUUAAUGUGUGGCUGGGAAUGUAUUACGAUACAAACAGUGAAGACAUGAUGUGGUUUGACGAGAAGCCGGUGAAGUUCACAAACUGGGAACCGGGUUCUUCCCCGUCGGACUUCGUGCCCAUGGAAACCUGUGUGGCUGUGCACAGCGACACGGGGAAGUGGGAACGUGUCAGCUGCUUGGAUGAUCUGGAGAACGGAGUGGUCUGUGAGACAUCUCAGAAAGCAGAGGAAGCCAAAAAAAAACCCAGCGGACUGCUGUCAGCGCUGGUCAUUGUCAGUGUUAUCGCCAUCAUGGCGGUCUCCGGUGUCAUUUGGUUCCUGCACCAGAAGCGACAUCCUGGCUCCUCCGUCAUCACGGCGUUCGAGUACCACCCGCCGUUCAGAGCGCCCGACGGCGACCGUUCCUGCCUGGUGGAGGCCGAGGAGUUUGAUAGCGGCCCGUAGGAUGAAGUUCACAACGUGGUGACACCAGUGCCAAAUGUUUUGACUCGGAAUGUAAAAUGUCAUCAUUACCAAAUCAGUAGUAGCUACACUAACAACCAUUAAUAUUCGUUUCGUCUGAGUGGCAUUUGCUUAUUUGUCAGGCAUUCAUCUUGAUAGGAUCUAAACUCUGGUGAGGUCAUAUUCCUAUUAGGAUUUGUUUUCUCCCAUGAAGUUGAGGAUACAGAUGACAAAGCGAUAUUGGGUGGGCUACCCUUUUCUUCAUGGGUUGAAGUGAACAUGACUGUCCUUUAAAUUUGACAACACAAUGAAAAGUGUUAAUUACAACCAUGUUAAAUUCGGUUGAUUUAAAAAAAAAAAUACCAUAGAAAAUGAAGCUUCAAAAUCAUGAAAAAUCAAGAGUUGUCGCAACUCUCAAAUGUGGCCACUGAAUUGAAAUCAUUCCCAGCUGAAAGAUUCUUCACCAUCAUUAAGACUGAUAUGAUGAAAAAGAUUUCGCCACAUAUCUCCGCUAUUCACGACUACUGGACGGUUUUCCCUCACUUUUUCAGAAAUUAUCUUCAGACAAAUCUGAAUUCAAUUUAAUAUGGCUUCUCUGAGAAUUAUAAGCCUUAGGGUCAAUAUUUUGGGGCAUUUUUAUGACAAAUCUGACCUUUCACUUGUUUCAACAACGCAUGUGUCAUUCACCUGUCCUUGAGCUAAGUCUCUCACUUAAAAAAAAGUCCCAUAACUCUCAUUUCAAUUUCGAAAUUGACACGAUUUGUUGCUGUCUUUAAUGCUUUCUGUUAAAAAAAAUAAAAUAAAUAAAAAUCUUUUUGCUUACCAACGUUGACAAAAUAUACUGUAUCAUCAGGGUUUUUCUUAGCAUUUGUUCACUUUCCAAGUUACACCAGUGUUCUUUUAUUUGUAAAGACUUAAUGUGACUUCUUUAUAAAAGUAUAAUUGUUAUCAGUGAGCUUCAUUUGAACCAUUGAUACAUGAAUUGUUACAGUUAUGCUAUGGACCCCUUUUUCUUUUUUUUUUGUUGUUUUGUUUUAAACUUCAGAGCAUCUCAAAGUGUUGCUAUAUGCUUCCUUCACAUUUUUGCACAUUAAUGAAAAUGUCUUCCAGUUAUCGUGUUUGUGGUUAUCUAUAUGAAAAGCGGGAUUUUUCACAGUUUUAGCAUAGAAAUGAAAGCCAGAAGGGUUGGCAGAAGUGUGCUAUGUGAUCAAAGUGUGUAUGAUGCUUUUGUGCAAUAUACAGUAUUUGGACGUGUAUCUUGCACAAUCUGAGCCCCCAUCCUCUAUAAUAAAGUAACUCA